UAUAGUAUGGUCCACUCCGUUGCCGGGGCAGCCAGGAAGCAUAGAGAACUGUGUGAGGAAUGUUUGUUGACAUUUUUGGCACCGUGUAGAUACUUAAGAACAUCUAAGUUUACAAUAUGCUGAGCAACUAGUUAGUUAUCUCUUGGGUAUCCCGUUGUUGUUUUCCUAAUUACCGAUCUGGUUAUCAAGACCAAUAUCGUGUUUACUUGUAAUGUUAGAUGGCUAACGUUAGCGAGCUAUAGCUACGAUGUGUGAUGAUGUGUUUUCUGAAGAACAGUUCAUAAAGGCACUGUCAUGCAAUCGGAGUUGAGUCGUGGGGUCGUGCAGUAGCUAAGGGGAUAGCCAACAAGUGGCUACCUUAUAUAGCCAGCAUGGGCACGGCCUCCUCUCUGGUGAGCCCCGGGGAGGUGAUUGAAGAUGCGUAUGGGGGCGAGGGCGGGGAGGCGUGCGAGAUACCUGUGGAGGUGAAGCCCAAAGCUCGGCUCCUGCGCAGCUCCUUUCGCCGUGGCCCGAGGGUCAUUGGCGCCAGCUUCAAGUCCACUGGCUCGGUUGACCUGGAAUAUGCCGCGGAGUAUGAACGGCUCCGGAAGGAUUACGAGAUAUUUCGCGUCAGCAAGAACAACGAGAUAACUUCCAUGCAGAAAAAGGAAGCCAAGCUGGAUGAGGAAAACAAGAGACUGCGUGCUGAACUCCAGGCUUUACAGAAGACGUAUCAGAAGAUUCUGAGGGAAAAGGAAAGUGCCCUGGAGGCUAAGUACCAGGCCAUGGAGAGAGCAGCCACGUUCGAGCAUGACAGGGACAAGGUCAAGCGGCAAUUUAAAAUCUUCCGUGAGACGAAGGAAAAGGAGAUCCAGGACCUACUGAGGGCCAAACGGGAGUUGGAGGCCAAGCUGCAGCAGCUGCAAGCCCAGGGCAUUCAGGUGUACGACCCGGCCGACUCUGACUCUGAUGACAACCGCACCAGCGUUACGACUGCAGGAACACAGAGUGAGUACUGGAGUGGUGGAGUUCUGGGGAGUGAGCCCUCUAUGGGCAGUAUGAUGCAACUGCAGCAGACGUUCAGAGGACCGGAGUUUGCCCACAGUUUAAUUGACGUGGAGGGUCCUUUCGCCAAUGUAAGCAGAGAUGAUUGGGACACUGCUGUGGCUAGCUUGCUGCAGGUGUCACCACACGUGUCUCAGGUCCUGUGGAGCAACACCGUGCGCUGCUAUCUCAUGUGCACCCUGGAGACUCAAGCUGAAGUAGACCUUUUCAUCAAGAAUUACUGCCCCAGACUGCAGAGGCUGUGUGAAGGGCUGGGCCAUUUCUACCUCAAUGUGUCUUUCCCUGAUGACAGCGCCACUGGCUACGUGGCAGAGCGUAGGCAGGAGAUCGAGAGGAGCUCUGUGUGCAUCCUGCUCCUCAAGUCGUCUGUUACUAGCUCGCUGCUGGAGGACGCUGAGGAGGCUUUUGUGAAGAACACAGAGGCCCGGCCGCUGAUGCUGUACCUCCGGUCCGGGGAGGGCGCCUCUCUCUCAGGCCCGGCCGGGGACCUGGUGGACAAAAUCACCACCGCUGACAAGGCCGGAAAAAUCAAGGUCAUUAACCACAUUGGACCUGCAGAAGCAGGGGCGUCUUUGAUAUAUACUCAGCUGGAGAAGGUCAUUAAACAGGAGCUUCUGGGUCACGAGGGGAUGGACAGCAGCGAGGGCAAAGACUCGGGGGCGGAAGAUGAGCACGAGGAGGACUGUGGCGACGUUCUGUGGGACCUGCAUGACGAGCAGGAGCAGAUUGAGGCCUACCAGCAGGCCUCCAGGUCUGCCUCCCACCUGGGCUUCCAGAAGUACAUCGAGCGCCUGAAUGACAUGGUGGCUGCACCCCCUCCCAUCCCCCCUCUGUUGGUGUCGGGAGGUCCUGGCUCAGGAAAGUCCCUCCUCUUAUCUAAAUGGAUUGAACUACAACAGAAGAAUUCUCCCAGUACUCUGAUCCUCUAUCAUUUUGUUGGACGUCCCCUUUCUCCAAGUUCUGAGCCUGUACUCAUGAUCAAAAGGCUUACUGUCAAGCUCCUUCAGCACUUCUGGUCCAUAUCGGGCCUGUCCAUGGACCCCUGCAAGACCCUGGAGGAGUUUCCCCGCUGGCUGGAGAGGCUGUCCUCACGACACCAAGGCAACAUCAUUAUCAUCAUCGACUCCAUCGACCAGAUACAGCAAGCAGAGAGGCACAUGAAGUGGCUCAUUGACCCGCUUCCUGUCAAUGUGAGGGUAGUGGUGUCCGUCAACGUGGAGACCUGCCCACAGGCGUGGAGACUCUGGCCCACGCUUCACCUGGAUCCCCUGCACCCCAAAGACGCGAAGGCAGUGAUAACCGCGGAGUGCCUGGGGGCCGAUGUCGGGCUCAGCAAAGAGCAGGAGAAGAAGCUGGAACGGCACUGUCGCUCCGCCUCCACCUGCAACGCUCUCUACGUCUCUCUGCUGGCCAAAAUGAUCGCCAACACGUGGACAGUCUGGUGUCUGGACAGGACCCUGGAGCAGUGCCUGCUGUGUCAGGACACUGUGUCUCUGUACAGGCUGGCCCUGCGGGUGGUCCUGGACAUGCUCAGCACAGACAGAAGCAAACGCAUCAUGAGAGAGAUGCUGUGUCUGGUCUGCAUGAGCCGCAAUGGCGUCAGUGAGUCAGAGGUGAUGGAGAUAUUUUCCGAACUGAGCUGGCCAAUCCUGGCCUCUCUGCUCUACAAGCUGCAGAGCCUGUGUGUUGUCACCCUUAAUUGCGGCCUCAUCAAGUUCCAGCACUUGCAGGCCUGGGAGGCUGUGAGACUGGAGUUCAUCGAUGGAGAGGCCUGUUCUUCUCACAGAGAGAGACUGAUCCAGUACUUUAGCCAGCAGCUCAGUCGGGACAGGGUCACAUGGCGGGUCGCGGAUGAGCUGCCCUGGCUUUUCCAGCAGCAGGAGGACAAGGCCAAAUUGCAGAGCUGCCUGCUCAACCUAUUCGUCUCCCAAAAUCUCUACAAGAGGGGUCAUUUCUCAGAGCUGCUGGCCUAUUGGCAGUACGUGGGCAAAGACAAGAGCUCCAUGGCCACAGAGUAUUUUGACUCCCUGAAGCACUAUGAGAAGAGCUGUGACAGUGAGGACAGCAUGGUCAGGCUGGCCAACCUCUACGAGACGCUGGGCCGCUUCCUCAAGGACCUGGGCCUCCUCGGCCAGGCGGUGGCUCCCCUGCAGAGGUCUCUGGAGAUCCGGGAGACGGCGCUGGACCCAGACCACCCCAGCGUGGCCCGGUCCCUGCACCAGCUGGCCGGGGUCUACGUGCAGUGGAGGAAGUUUGGCAACGCAGAGCAGCUGUACAAGCAGGCCCUGGAGAUCAGCGAGAACGCCUACGGCUCCGACCACGCCUGUGUGGCCCGGGAGCUGGACUCCCUCGCCCUGCUCUACCAGAAACAGAACAAGUAUGAGCAAGCAGAGAAACUGAGGAAGAGGGCUUUAAAGAUUCGGCAGAAGACUGCUCGCCAGAACGGAAAUAUGUAUGGCUUCACCCUGCUGCGUCGCCGGGCUCUGCAGCUGGAGGAGCUGAGUCUGGACAAGGACACGGCCGACUGCGCCAAGACCCUGAACGAGCUGGGAGUGCUCUACUACCUGCAGAACAACCUGGAAGCGGCGAAGGUGUUUCUGACGCGUUCGCUGGAGAUGCGUCAGCGCGUGCUGGGGCCCGAGCACCCGGACUGCGCGCAGUCCCUCAACAACCUGGCGGCCCUGCACUGCGAGCGGCGGGAAUACGAGCACGCCGAGGAGCUGUACGAGAGCGCCCUGGACAUCCGCCGCCGCGCCCUCUCCCCGGACCACCCGUCCCUGGCCUACACCGUCAAACACCUCGCCAUGCUGUACAAGAGGAGGGGGAAACUAGAGAAGGCGGUACCCCUGUAUGAGCUGGCCCUGGAGAUCCGGGAGAAGUCAUUUGGCCCCAAGCACCCCAGUGUGGCCACUGCUUUGGUCAACCUGGCUGUGCUCUACUGCCAACUGAAGAAGCACGGCGAAGCACUGCCUCUCUAUGAGCAGGCGCUGAAGGUCUAUGAGGACAGCCUGGGCCGAUCUCACCCCCGCGUGGGAGAGACGCUCAAAAACCUGGCUGUGCUGAGCUACGAGGAGGGCGAUUUUGAGAAGGCAGCAGAGCUGUACAAACGGGCCAUGGAGAUCAGAGAGGCGGAGCCUUCGCUGGUGUGCGGGAAGGCCCCGUCCCGCCACUCCUCCAGCGGGGACACAUUUAGCCUGCGAGGCCCCGCCCUGCACCCUAACGCCCCCAGGUGACCUUCCCACGAUGCUCCAACGUCACACUGCCAAGUUCCACACUAGUAUUUAUCACCGGCUCAACUUUGGGGGAUAGGAGACUGAGAGCAAUGGCUGUAAGAAUCCGUUAGCUCACCUGUCAGGAGCAGACUCACUGCCACGUUACAGCGACAUCAUUUCCUGCCCCGUUGGGAAAUGUCAGAGGCGAAUCGGCAGGUAAUUUGCUGUUCCUUUGCCCCAACUGUGCUCGACUUGCCAAAUCACUCAUCAUAGACACUCCUGAAAGCAAUUUUGUGAAUCAUGUUCCACAUGAAACCAAACUACAACCAAAUGAAAACCUGAUGCAAACCUUUUCAUAUGCAGAUAAACACUGUCACCUCAAUAUAACUUGAGAUGCUUACUGCCUGUGUGCUACUUUUUAUUAAAAGUACUGUGAUGCGGCCUAAGGCCUUCCACAUAGAGGGUUAGAAAAUGUAUCAGUGUCUUUGUAAAAUGCGUAUUGCUAUUAUUAGUAUUGUUAUUAUUUAUAGCAGUGUGAAUAUGUGAACUGAGGUCUAUCCAGCUCUUAUCAGGAAACUCUCAGGUAUUAAAAGACUUGAUUUCCCUGUUUCUAAACCUCAGCCUCGUGACGUUUUUGGCGACUGCAUUCGAUUUGUUGUAUAAUGGCAAGUGUUGAAUAUGUAUAUGUGACCUGUAUACCAGAGGUUAGAUGUGAAAAAGACCAACUUUCACAGAUACUUAAAGGUGGUGAGGCAUGUCCCUAAAAGCUGCUUUCAUUUACAAAGACAAUAUUAUUUCAAAAUCAGCAUGUAUUCUUGACUUGGGAAAGUGAAGGAAUUGUGUGUGCAUGCCAUGCAAUGUCAAUAGGUCAAACGUGUAAAGUGUUUUAUUCAGUGGAAGACUUGUGAAAGGUAGGCUCAACUCCUCAGUUCAGACGGAGCAGAAGUAUGGUUUAAACCUUUGCUGUGACUUUAACAAGUUUUGGUUGAUUCCACAGCCACAUUAUUAAACUGCACCCGAGAUGUGUUGUCAAAAGAGGAAAACCAGAAAAGUAUUUCGCAUUUCUCUUACAGUAUGUUGCCAAUGGAGAAAAGCACCAAUAUGUCACAAUGACAGAGUCACAUUUAAAAUCUUGUCUGUGUGAAUGUGAAGACGGGGGGGGGGGAGGGAAUCACUGUAUCUCUGUGUACUCCGGCUAAUAAAUACUUUAUUGAAACCUCAA